UCCUGAGGGCGAAAAAAACGCGUCCAACUUGGCUAUAAUGCUACACAAUUUUUUUGCAGACGCAUAAUUUUCACCGAUAAGCCGAAAGAAAAGUGCAAAAAACGUGGUAAAUCGACGGAAAAAGGGCAGCUAAACAAAACAAACCGAGAUGAGCGAGUUCCAACAGCAAGCGGGCCUUAAUCAUUCGCAAGCACUCGCGCAGGCCAUCCAGCGUGCCAAGCAGAUUGCGGCCAAGAUCCAGCCAAGCCAGCAGGGCGGCGGCGGCCCAACAGCGGGUCCAUCCCCACCGGCUUCCGGCGGCGGCGGCGGCGGAGCACCCAGCUUCAAGCGGCACAUGGACGACGGCGACAGCGGUCCAGAUUGCAAGCGCUCUUUCGGCAGUCCCGAGUACGGCAACAACAGCUCGAACAUGAGCAGCGGCAGUGGUGGUGGCGGCGGCGGCGGUGGUGGAGGAGGUGGCGGUGGUCCAGGUGGGGCCAGCAUCACCCAGGCCAUUGCCCAGGCGGCUGCAGUGGCCGCUCGAUUGGCCGCCUCGGCGGGAACCAGCUGCGAGGAGCAGAUCCGACUGCCCGACUCGGUGGCCGGUGCCUUUAUGGGCCGCUCCAGCAACGAUACCAUCACCCACAUCCAGGCGGAGUCCGGGGUGAAGGUGCAGGUCAUGCAGGAUCAGGAUCGUGUGAUUAUGCUGCGUGGCCAACGAGACACUGUCACCAAGGGUCGCGAAAUGAUCCAGAGCAUGGCCAAUCGGGCUGGCGGCGGACAGGUGGAGGUUCUGCUCACUAUCAACAUGCCGCCACCGGGUCCCAGCGGCUAUCCGCCAUAUCAGGAGAUCAUGAUACCGGGCGCCAAGGUCGGCCUGGUCAUUGGCAAGGGCGGCGACACCAUUAAACAGCUGCAGGAAAAGACCGGCGCCAAGAUGAUCAUCAUCCAGGACGGGCCGAACCAGGAGCUGAUCAAGCCGCUGCGCAUUUCCGGCGAGGCGCAGAAAAUUGAGCACGCCAAGCAGAUGGUGCUCGACCUGAUAGCCCAGAAGGAUGCCCAGGCUCAGCAGCAGGGCGGACGCGGUGGUGGUGGCGGCGGCGGCGGUGGAGGUGGCGGCGGUCCUGGCAUGGGAUUCAAUAACUUUAACAAUGGCAACGGCGGCGAGAGCGUCGAGGUCUUUGUGCCCAAAAUCGCAGUGGGCGUGGUCAUUGGCAAAGGCGGAGACAUGAUCCGAAAGAUCCAAACCGAGUGCGGCUGCAAGCUGCAGUUCAUCCAGGGAAAGAACGACGAGAUGGGCGACCGCAGGUGCGUCAUCCAGGGCACUCGGCAGCAGGUCGAGGAUGCCAAGCGCACCAUAGAUGGACUGAUUGAGAAUGUGAUGCAACGCAACGGCAUGAAUCGAAACGGCAACGGAGGAGGCGGCGGUGGAGGUAGCCAAGGUGGUGACUCCGGCAACUCCAACUACGGCUAUGGAUACGGCGUUAAUCACGCCCAAGGCGGACGGGAGGAAAUCACAUUCCUGGUGCCCGCUUCCAAAUGUGGAAUUGUAAUUGGACGAGGUGGUGAGACCAUUAAGCUGAUCAACCAGCAAUCUGGAGCCCACACCGAAAUGGAUCGCAAUGCCAGCAAUCCGCCCAAUGAGAAACUCUUCAAGUCCAAGGGCACCACCGACCAGGUGGAGUCAGCCCGCCAAAUGAUCUCCGAGAAGAUAAACAUGGAGCUAACUGUCAUUUCCCGCAAGCCCAUCGGCGGUGGAGGUGGUGGAGGCUCCGGCGGUGGUGGUGGCGGCGGAAAUUCUGGCGGUGGCCAGAACAACUCGCACCACAAUCAGCAGCAGGGCGGCUACGGAGGCCAGAAUCAAAUGCAGGGCGGCGAUCCGAACUCGGGAGCAGGCUAUCAGCAGCAACAGCAGGCUUGGGGUGGUCCCUACGGCCAGCAGGGAUGGGAUCCGUCCGGUCAGCAGCAACAACAGCAGCAAAUGGCCAUGGCCAAUCAGGGAGGAGCAGCUGCGGCGGGCGGAGCUGCCGGUGGCCAAGACUACUCGGCUCAGUGGAUAGAGUACUACAAACAAAUGGGUUGCCAUCGUGAGGCUGAAAUGAUUGAGCAGCAAAUGAAGGCCAAGCAGGGAGGCGGCUCCUCAGGUCCUGUCCAGCCGCAACAGCAACAGCCAUCCCAGCAGCAGCAGCCGCAGCAGCAACAGUCCCAACAGCAGCAAGGAGGCGCCGGUGGUGCCGGAGGAGCUGACUACAGUGCACAGUGGGCGGAGUACUAUCGCAGUGUGGGCAAGAUCGAAGAAGCCGAGGCCAUCGAAAAGACGUUAAAGAGCAAGCCACAGAAUGGAGCAUCGGGUGGUCAGAAUAAUGCGCCCAAUCCCAGCCAGGGAGGUCCCAAUCCCGGCCAGCAGCAACCCAAUCCCGCUGCUGCGGCGGCUGCAGCCGCAGCUGCUGCAGCGGCAGCCGGCGGUUAUGGCCAGAGUAUGACGCCCAGCCAGUACGCACAGUACUCGCAGUAUUAUGCGGCGGCGGCUGCAGCUGGCGGUCAGCCGCAAGGAGCGCCUCAGCCUGGUGGAGGACAGGGCGGUGGUCCGCCGGCUGGCUAUCCUGGUGGUUAUCCGGGCGCAGGCUAUGGCGGUUAUCCCGGGGCGCCGGGCCAGCAGCAGCAGAAAUCGCACAAAAACGACAAACACUGAGGACGCUCGGAGGGAUCGGGAACGGGAGCGGGGAGGAGAUGCAUGUGGGAGUGGAAGCGAACACCGAAGUGGAAGAUGCUGCGGUCGGAGGACGAUGCAGGUGCCUUGCAUGGGGUGAGUUCGAAAGCCAAGACAUUCCCAGUAGUUAUCGUGGAGUGUGUUUAUGAAUCGAUUUGAAUUGAAUUGUCGCCUUUGCAUAUUGCUUUACGUAUUUUUGCUUUACCCAUCUGCUUCAAUAGAUUGCUUAAUUUUAUAAAUCAAUUUCCCUUCUCUACUUUGCAAAAAUGUUCUUACACAAUAUACACAUAUUUGGGUCAGCAUUUUCCAAUUAGGCAAGUACAAAUUUUUAUUUUGGAUUAGCUAUAUUAUUUUGGGAUGGGUGUAGAAGAUGAUAAUCAUCAGUGAUAGUAAAAGGAUAUCGAGCAAUAGAAAUUCCUUAUCCCCUAAUUAUUUGAUUAAGAAACCCCCAUUUGAUGGUGAUGAUUAUCAUUUAUUUCCAAAUCUAAAUUCGUAGGCGUAAUUGGAAAAUGAACUGAUCCGUUGUUUACAUAAUGACUUGUGAUAUCCUAACCAAAUCUUGUUUACCACGCGUAAAACUCUUUGCAGUGAUCUAUUGUUCUACUAUGUCCUAUGUCUUUUAUCCCCCACAAUACUAGCAAAUCAGAAAAGAAAUGCAAGGGCAAAUGAUUUUUAAUUGCAAUAACAGCAGCAACAGCAGAGGCAGAAGCAUCGGCAGACAGACAACGCACGGCAGAACGGAGGCGAAGAUCAGAUCAGACGAGGAGCCGGAUCACUCGGUUCAUCAAUCGGAGAGUGAAACAUUGAACGUUUAGCUUGUGGCGUCACUCUUUUGCAUAAAUGUAAAUUAAUAUGAUUAACACUGUCUAUUAUUUGGAUAUUGCCUACAAUUUCCCCACUAGUUUGUAAGCGACUUCCCCGAGAAACUAAGUCUACUCUAACCUACUACUAUAUAUGCAUAGCCCGACCGAACGAAAGAUAGAUAUGCUCUUGCAUCACCACUUGCACAGACACACGAAGGGAAGCUAAUUGAAUCCGUUUUGGGUGUUUUCUUCAAUUUUUUUUAAAUACAUCUCUCACAUAUUUUAAUUCUUUCACUGUCAAUUCAGGCAAUUCAUACGAGCGCAGGCCUGAACAGUCCGCUAUGGGUGUUUUACCAUUCGUGAAUAUUCUCAAUUGCAAUAACAGAAAUACUAUAACAGUAGCAUACGCAUAUAUUUAAUACAUGAACCCAUUUUCACGUUCUUAGCUUAGCUUAGUUGUAAUGAAAAUCAUUUGAGCAAGAUAUGAUCAUGAUCGACAUUUACACACGAUCAACUAUGUCUGCUGAUCUGGUAAGAUUUGUAACAUUUAUAUAGUCAAAUGAGAGUCUCGCUUGAAGGUGUUCUAUUUCAAUUGAUUUGACAUUUUGCAUAACAAUAUUUUCAACUUUCAGUUGUGGAGACAAAUCAUUUUCGUGGCACUAAGCUGACACUGAAAUGAUUUUGAAAUUGUUCCAUGAUCUACAUUUGUACUUUAUCGAUUAUAUAAACCUGAUACAACCAUAUUUUCAAUAUUUACCUCUGGACGAACUAUUUUAUAAGGAUAACAUGCCUGUUUCCAUAUCUAUAUCAACAAAUGCAAACAUAAAGUAUGUACUUUCAGAGGCCGCUCUUCAGACCAGUUCAUAACAGACUUACGAAAUCAAACCCCAAAACUUUUUCACAAAACAAACAUGAAGAAAUACAAACCAUAUAUUGUAAAAGUGUCAAACUUGGUAAGAUCGUGUGUUGUUAUUACUAUAUAUAAAAUUAUACAUAUUGCAAAUCAAACAAUGAAAACUUACCCAAAUGAAUGUAGGUCUACCAUAAUUUAUACACUAAACUUUGACAUAUAAUCUAACCUAAGUUUUACGUCUCCAAAUAUCUGAUUGUUGCAACAGCAGAUGAACCAUAUUGUAACCGUUGUCCGGCUAGACAGGCUCAGAUCGGGACCACGAUCCAGAUCCCGAUCCGCCCUGCAGUCGGCAUUGCAUUGAAUAAACAUUUAAUAUACCGUA